UUGGGGGAUGGAGCAUUCUGGGGAGGUGAGCGUUCCUCACACGGCAUAACAUCGCAGCGCACAAAUGAACUUAGUAUAUGGACAACGCUGCAUAACCAUGGAUCCAGACACUUCCUCACACUAAACUUUGUGCAGAGAAACUUCCUCUCCCCGUUUUUUGGAGCAACAAGUGGAUAAUGGAUAUAUCAGACACGAAAGUGAGAGUGGAGAGUCGGGGUAACUGCACUUAAACACAAAGGGGAAUGCUGCAUCAGAAGGUUGUUCCAACUGCCGUUUGGGAAUGGAUACCGGUAAUUUUGUGGCGGUCAUCUGCUUUCUCCUUUUUUCCUGUAAUGGGCUCCUUUCACCCUCACCCGGCAGCGGCUUCUGUCCCGAGCGCUGCGAUUGCCAGCACGCGCAGCACCUCCUCUGCACAAACCGAGGGCUUCGCGCGGUACCCAAGGUGCCCUCCUCGCGGGUCCCAGAGGACAUACUUGUCUUCAGCCUCGGGGGAAACUUCAUUGGUAACAUCUCUGCCUUCGACUUCACUCGGUAUGGAAAUCUUAUACGGUUGAACUUACAGUAUAAUCAAAUACAGACCAUUCACCAUAAAGCGUUUGAAAAGCUCACCAAAUUGGAGGAGCUGUAUUUGGGCAACAAUCUGAUAUCAACAAUACCCCCAGGAACUUUACAGUCACUGACAAAACUGACAACUUUGUAUGGCAAUAACAAUAACAUGAAGAAGAUCACUCCAGAGCUGUUUGGUAACUUAGAGAGCGUUGUGAGGCUGAGGUUGGAUGGGAACGCCAUAGAACUGUUACAGGACUCGGUGUUCAAGAGCUUGACUAAUCUGCAUUAUCUCCAUCUAGAAUCGAACCAGCUGAGCCACAUUCACAGAAAUGCCUUUUCCAAGCUCAUCAAACUGCGCUUUCUCAACCUGGCGCAGAACAAACAGGCGGCCGUGCGUAAUGUGUUUACGUUUUCCCAGCUCAGGUCACUGUCUACCUUGCUGCUCUCUGAAAAUGAAAUACAAUACGUCGGAAACCACGUCUUUCAAAAUCUGAAAAAGCUGUCUAAACUAUCCCUCAGCAAUAACAACAUCUCCCGGUUGGAGAGCGAGGCUUUGAAGGGGCUGUCAAGCGUGAGAGAGUUUCUGAUGGAUGGGAACGAGCUGGAAGAUAUUCCCGCGGGACUUCUUGACCCGCUGGAGCAAAUCGAGGAGCUGGACUUUAGUCGCAACCACAUUUCCAACGUGAACCCGAUGGCUUUUAAAAAACUAAAGCACCUGAGGGUUUUAAAACUCAAAGACAACCGGCUCACGAGCCUCUCCGGUCACAUAUUCGCCCUCAACAGCCGCCUUUACGAUUUGGAUCUCCAUGGCAACAACUGGACGUGUGACUGCCGCCUGAGCGAGCUGAAACAGUGGAUGACGUCGGCACACUCUCAAGGGAAGCUGCUGACCGUUUUUGUGAAGUGUCAUCACCCAGCGACACUGAACGGGAAGUAUCUGGAUUAUGUCAACAGCUCCCAGCUACAGACCCAAGGGAAUUGGAGCCAUUUGUGUGAGACCCAAAUUGGGCCUGAGGAGAGCAGAGGUGGGGGGGUCCUGGAGAAGGAGGUGGAGGAGAGGAUGAUGAGAGAGGGGGAGGUGAGGAAGGAUGUAGAAGAGCAGAGGGGAAUUGGAAGUAGAGCAGGAGUGGAGAUGAAGGCAAUAGAGGAAGAGAACAGGGGUAGAGAGGAAGAGGAGAGAAAGGAGGGAGAACAGGAGGUAGGUAUCCAUCAGGAACAGGGAGGGCCAGAGGAGCGGGACAAAUCCCUGUCGUUGGACAGGAAAAGGAGGAAGAAAAUAUCCGCCAGCCCCAGGUCGCGACCUUCUGCUGGGAAGCGUGAGAAAGGGAGGCGGGGUUCCGUUCUGGGCCGUGGCAUUCCUCAAACACAAGCCCCUUCGCUCAUCAACCCCAUGGCCCCAACCACAACCGUGCCUCAGACACUUGACAGCCAAAAUAGCCAUGGAAACCGUCUCAGUGGACCAAUCACAGAGCUCACCACCUCAGAGGAGCGGUUUGACCUUCUCAGAGGCGGUCAGGAGUAUGGUCUACCUGUAAUGACAGACCCCUGUAUGUUCAACCGUCACUUCCUCACCAACGUGACCGUUGACCAGGUCGCCUCCAGCACGGCCACAGUCCACUGGACCACACGCCACCACCUCCGAUUCACACCGGGAGCCGGACCGGGACUAGACGAGGUCCACUACCGCUUGCUGUUCGACCGGUUUGGGACAUCUGGCCGUUUCCCCCGCUAUGUGUUUGCCCGUGGCGGGGCGCGGUCUGUGAUGUUACGAGAACUCCGCCCAGAAGUCACCUACAUGGUGUGUGUGGAGGGGGUGGUGGGAGGGGCCGUGUGUCAGGUGGCGCCCAGGGACCACUGCGCUGGAUUGGUCACUCUCCCAGAGGAGUCUCGUCGCCAAGGGACACUGACCUCCGAUCUCCACCUGGUCACCAUUGCAACGCUGGCUGUCAACGCCAUCCUCCUGCUGGUGAUUGGUGGAGCCUGGCUAGGGCAGAGUUUGAGGCGGAAACUGAAAAGGAGGAAGUCGGCGGUGCAUGUGCGUCACAUGUACUCCACGCGGCGACCAUUCCGCGGCUCCAUGGCAACGACGGCGGCUGUGUCGACUGACUUUACCAGUUUCCAGAGCAGCCGGCCACCACGGCUCGGAACCCUGGAGGAAGGGGGAGACCUCAUUGAGUUUCCCUGCGACCGUUUCCUUGACAACAGCCCCACCCGUAGAGACAACAGCAACAUGCAGAGGUUUUGUGAUUAGUAGAACCCUAGAGACCUACACUCUUAGAAAAAAUAGUGCUACCUAGAACAAAAAAGGGUUGUCCUAUGGGGACAGCCAAAGAACCCCUUUGGAACCCUUUUUCUAAGAGUGUAGAACAUGAAAAAAAUUGCGCUGUGUGACCCAUAUAUACUAUUCAUGAUAUUGUGAGCCAUUAGAUAAUCCAACAGUAGAACCCUUAUCUAGAACCUGAGAACACCAAGACACCAUCACAAGGAAGGAACAUCCUCAGGAGAAUGUCUAAGGUGCUGCAGAGACAAAAACAGAACUGGACUGGAAUUGAACCUGCACUGUAGGGCACUUCACCACAAUAGCAGGACCACAGCCAGGGUGUUAGGACCAGGGACGACCCCCCCCAGCACACCAUCAUAUGCUGUAAACAAGUUCCUGCACCAAGAUGCAAUUGGAUGCAUCUUGGUGCAGAGAAAUCUCUCUCAUAAUAAAGCCAUAAUAACAUUUGUCAUGUGACGUAGGCUACAGUUGAGCAGAGACGUUUUUAGGAUUUCCACAAAUGGGGAUCAUCUGUUAGCAGGUCUCGAUAAUUUUUUUGCCUUUUACAAAACGCAUUUCAUGCAAUUCUACGUCAUUUACAUGAUAAAAGACAUUAGCUGAAUAUUUUUUAAUACCACACAAAUUACCUAAAUUAGUGGCUACUCUAACACUGACAAACUGAGAUCAAUCUGGUCUUGAAUUCAAACAAACAACAGUCCAGACCAAUGAAGCAACACACACAUUGUACAAUAUUAGGAGACAAUAUAUAUAUAUAUAUAUAUAUAUUAUAGGCUACAGUAGGCUACUAAAUAACAUGUCCGGUGGCACACUGACUCACCUAGUUAUGAAGAUGCAGCCAUAGGAUACUACUCAUGGUGAUGGCCGAUGCGUUCCUCUUGGCAACAGCUUAUCUCAAGAUGAGCUACUUUGAAAAACACUGCUGCUGUUGCUGGGAGUUGUUCUAUUGGUUCAACAGAUAGACUAGUCUUCUCUUUUCAGUGGUAUGCAUUUGCUUUCCAAACUUUACAUUUUUCCUGCAAUUGUCUUUUGAAAUCUGCAAAAGUCAAACAGACAGCUACAACCAACCAUAGAAAUAUAAUCCAUAUCAAUUUACAUUCAAAUCAGGACUGGCAGCCAUUGCUAGUGUACCCAUCAGUUAAAUAGUCAAAUUGCCAGGGUAAGAGGUUCCAAAACUCUGUGGAUUAUAUGUCUAUGGCCACAAACGCAAGGCCGCUGUAUAUUUGGCGCGCAUGCUGGCCAAAUCGCGGCCUUCCCGACUGUAGGCAACCAGUAACUGCCAAAAUAAAGGAAAUAAUAUGUCAUGCUGUGGGGCGCAUUUUCCUGGCAUGGUUUAGGUCCUUAUAGACUCUAUGCCAAGGAGCAUUGAAGCUGUUCUGGCAGCUCGUGGUGGCCAAACACCCUUUUAAGACACUACGCUGGUGUUUCCUUUAUUUUGGUUGUGAUCAAAUUUAAUCCAGUUGUUUAAAAAAAACUAUUGAUCCUC